CUGAGCUGCAACAGGUAGGAGGCUCCUGUCCGGGUCCCAGUAGUUGGUUGGUGGCUACCAUCUGUCCGUCCUGGGAUUGAAUGAGUGAAUGGCCAUGUCCAACAACAUGGCCAAGAUCGCUGAGGCCCGCAAGACGGUGGAGCAGCUGAAGCUGGAAGUGAACAUCGAUCGCAUGAAGGUGUCGCAGGCGGCCGCUGAGCUCCUGGCUUUCUGUGAGACGCACGCUAAGGAUGACCCACUGGUGACUCCUGUCCCCGCCGCCGAGAACCCCUUCCGCGACAAGCGACUCUUUUGCACCCUGCUCUGAGCCCUCAAGACUCGAAGUAUGAAUCCAAUAAACUUGGUGACUUGG